AUGCUUACAUAUAGCACAAGACCUUUGCAGAGAGGGGUGUUAUUUCAUUCUCUCAAUGUUUUAGCGCAAAGAAGAUGCUACUCAGCCAUAAAAAAGGAUGAUGUGAUCAGCAUUGAUGGGGUAGAUUAUAAGACUGAUGGGUGGACAAACGUUCCUCAAUCAAUUUUGGACCUUACUGGGAGAAAAUUGCACUUGAGAAAGGACCAUCCUAUCGGGAUUCUCAGCAAUUUAAUCAAAAAUAAAUUCGAUAAAAAGGAAUAUACCUUUUAUAACAACUUUAAGCCAGUGGUGACAACCUUUGAGAAUUUUGAUGUAUUAGAUUUCCCACAAGAUCAUGUAGGAAGAUCCAAGUCAGAUACCUAUUAUAUCAACAAAGAUAAUUUAUUAAGAACCCAUACAUCCGCUCAUGAAUACGAAUGCUUUAAGGAGACCAAAACUCCAGGGUACUUUAUUAGUGCCGAUGUGUACAGAAGAGACGAAAUUGAUAGAACCCAUUAUCCUGCUUUCCAUCAAAUGGAAGGUGCCAGAAUUUGGAAAAAAGGUGACAUUGAGCAAAUAAAAAAGGACUUGAAGAGUAUUCCUCCUGUUGAUUUAGUGGUGGAAGAUGUGGUCAGACCUUUUGACGCAGUUGAUAAUCCAAAGCAAGCCCAUAUGACUGACGAGGAAACCGAUUUAGUUGGUCAACAUCUUAGAAGAACUUGUGAAGUCAUCGUAGACACAGUCUUUAAUGAAGCCAAAAAAGCGGGAAAACUAGCAGGCAGCACCGACCCAUUUUUGAAUGAACCUUUAAAAGUUAGAUGGGUUGAGGCUUACUUCCCAUGGACUGCUCCAAGUUGGGAAAUUGAGGUUUGGUGGAAAGGCGAGUGGUUGGAAUGCCUCGGGUGUGGUGUUGUUAGAAAGGUUGUUUUGGACAAUUCUGGUGUCGAUAAUUCUAUUGGAUGGGCCUUUGGUAUUGGCUUAGACAGGAUUGCUAUGCUCUUAUUUGGGGUUCCAGAUAUCAGAUUGUUCUGGUCCUUGGACGAAAGAUUUUCAAAACAGUUCAAAGAAAACACCAUAACUAAUUUUGUUCCUUAUUCCAAAUAUCCAGGUACCCAAAGGGAUAUCAGUUUUUGGCUACCAAAGUCAGUUGAGAAUUCUGCUCCAUUCCACUCAAAUGAUUUCUUUGAAAUUGCUAGAGAAUUUGGCGGAGAUUUGAUUGAAAAUGUUUCUAUUGUCGACGAGUUUACCCAUCCAAAGACCGGGAAGAGUAGUAAAUGCUACAGAAUCAAUUACCAAUCGAUGGAUAAGACCUUGACCAAUGAGCAAGUGAAUGAAAUUAACGAAGCUAUCAGAAAGGCUUUGACAGAGAGAUUUGAGGUUGAACUCCGUUAG